AUGAGGAUUGGGAAUGGAAGUUCACCAACACAAUUCGUUCUCCUGGGGCUCCUGAACCAGACUGAAGUCCACACCUUCUUCCUGGCCAUGAUCUUACUGGCCUUCAUUACUGCCCUGGCUGGGAAUACGCUGCUCCUGUUUCUAAUCCAGGUGGAUUCCUCCCUUCACACUCCCAUGUACUUUUUCCUCAGUCACUUGGCCUUCAUGGACAUUUGUCAGACCCUGAUAAUUGUCCCCAAAAUGUCACUGGACUUUCUAACUCCAGGCAACCCCAUUUCUCCAGCUGGCUGUGGGACUCAGAUUUUCCUCACACUGACCAUAGGUGGAGCAGAGUGCCUCCUCCUGGCAGUCAUGGCUUAUGACAGAUAUGUAGCAAUUUGCAAUCCCUUGAAAUACUCCAUACUCCUGAGCCAGAGAGUCUGCCUGAGCCUGGCAGGUGGGGUCUGGAUUGGCGCAUUAGGAGAUGCCUUGAUUCAUACAGUUUAUACCAUGUAUCUGCCAUACUGUGGUUCAAAAGCCAUUGAUCAUUUCUUCUGCGAGUUCCCUGCCCUGCUGAAAUUGUCCUGCUCUGACAUCUCCCUAUAUGAGACUCUGGUGUUCGUGAGUGGCAUUGUGCUGCUCCUCAUCCCUUCUUCCAUCAUACUAGCUUCUUACACUUGUAUCCUCUCUACAGUCCUGAAGAUGAAGUCAACCAAAGGACAACAGAAAGCUCUGGCCACCUGCUCAUCACAUAUGACAGUGGUAGGGCUAUUUUAUGGGGCAGCUAUAUUCAUGUACAUGCGACCGAGAGCCUACCACUCACCUAAGCAUGACAAGAUUGUGUCUCUGUUUUACACUAUUGUUCCCCCAGUACUGAAUCCUCUCAUAUACAGCCUGAGAAACAGGGAUGUCUUAGGAGCCCUAAGAAAGCUGGCUGGGAAAUACAGAGUCAUCCAGCAACACUGA